UGUUCUGGCUUGUGAAUCCCUGCACUUCUGCUGUGCAGCUAGAGGAAUCUAACAACAAAACAACAACAACAAAAACAAAACAAAACAAAACUAAUAAGCAUCAAACUCUGCAAUAGUGGGCAACUCAGUUAAAAUUUCUCUAACAGCAGCAGAUACUAAGGUCAGAGACCACUAUCUGCCCAUAGCCUGUACCAUGGACUCCUCGUUCAAAGAAACUCCUCCUACAUUUCCACAGCUGUCUGUCCUCCAAAGCUGUAGGAUUAUGCAUAUUAUCUCUUUUGCCAAUUCCAUUUGAACGCUAGAAGGGAGCUGGGAGGACGGUGAGAGAACAGUAGCAGCAGCAGCACCAAGAAAGGAAAACACUACUCAAACAUGGUACAAAGAGUGGCAAUUAUUGGAGCUGGAGUGAGUGGACUGGCCUCCAUCAAGUCCUGCCUGGAUGAGGGGUUGGAGCCCACCUGCUUUGAGAAAAGUGAUAACAUCGGGGGACUGUGGCAGUUCACAGAAUCUAUAGAGGAAGGUAGAGCCAGCAUUUACCACUCGGUGUUUACCAACUCUUGCAAAGAAAUGAUGUGCUUCUCAGACUUCCCUUUCCCUGAACACUUCCCAAACUAUAUGCACAACACCAAACUUCAGGAAUAUAUCCAGAUGUUUGCCAAGCACUUUGGUCUUUUAAAAUAUAUACAGUUCAAGACUCUUGUGACCAAUGUUAGGAAACACCCAGAUUUCCCUGUCACAGGGCAAUGGGAGAUCAUAACUGAGAAGGAUGGCAAAAAGGAAUCAGCUGUAUUUGAUGCUGUUAUGAUUUGCUCUGGACAUCAUGUCUAUCCAAAUAUUCCACGUGACAGCUUCCCUGGGCUAGAAAAGUUUAAGGGUAGCAUCCUCCACAGCCGGGAAUACAAAGGACCUGAAAAGUUCAAGGGGAAGAAAGUUUUGGUGAUUGGCCUUGGCAACUCUGGCUGUGACAUUGCAGUGGAGCUCAGCAACAUAGCCUCACAGGUUUAUCUCAGCUCUAGAAGUGGCUCCUGGGUCAUGAGUCGUGUUUGGGAGAAAGGCUAUCCCUGGGACAUGUUGGUCAUAACUCGCUUUGAAACUUUCCUCAGAAACGCCCUCCCACAAGCCAUCUCUGACUGGCUGUAUGUGAAGCAAAUGAACAGAUGGUUCAAACAUGAAAACUAUGGUUUGAUGCCUUUGAACAGGACCCUGCGUAAGGAGCCGGUUUUCAAUGAUGAACUCCCCAGCCGUAUCACUUGUGGAUCUAUCGUGGUGAAGCCCAAUGUGAAGGAAUUUACAGAAACCUCCGCCAUAUUUCAUGAUGGGACCGUGCAGGAUGGCCUUGACUAUGUCAUCUUUGCAACAGGCUAUUUCUUUUCCUACCCAUUCAUGGAUGACCAAUCCAUAGUCAAGUGCAGGAACAAUGAAGUCAACCUCUACAGAAGCAUUCUUCCUCCUCGACUGGAGAAACCCACCAUUGCAGUUAUUGGCUUAGUCCAAUCUCUUGGAUCAACCAUCCCCACCGCAGAUCUUCAGGCUCGCUGGUCCACAAGAGUAUUUAAGGGAUUAUGUAAGCUGCCUUCAGAGAGCACCAUGAUGGAUGACAUAGAUGAGAAAAUGGGAAAAAAGCUCAAGUGGUUCGGCCAGAGCAAUACCAUACAGACGGAUUACAUUGUCUACAUGGAUGAACUUGCCUCUGACUUAGGUGUGAAGCCCAACAUUCCACUCCUGUUCCUGACAGAUCUGAAGCUGGCUCUGAAGGUUUAUUUUGGCCCCUGCACUUCCUAUCAGUUUCGUUUGAAGGGGCCAGGGAAGUGGAAUGGGGCCAGAAAUGCCAUCUUCACACAAUGGGACCGAACACUGAAGGCCACAAGGACCAGAGUUGUACAUAGCUCUGAAAAUCCCUUCUCACUCUUUCCUUUACUCCCAAUAAUGGCACUUGCUUUUCUCCUUGUUGCUUUGUUGCUAAUGUUUAAUUGAGUAAUUAUAAACUCACAGUACAAUAAUUGCACAAUGAUUAUUUUCUAUUCACUAAUAAGUACAACAGUUUAAUUAUAAUAAUAAUAAUAAAUUUUGAACUGCAAAACUGGAAGGGACCCUACAGAUCACUGAGUCCAGA